ACUGAGGAUUACUGAAAUGUUGUUUGGCUGCACGGUAAAGAUUUCAGAUCAGCAUUGAACGUGUGUUUAGUGAAAAGUCGUGUCUAAAAUGUUCAGUGCUUCUCCUCACAGCGCCUUUGACAAACACUGUAUCUUUGUAACUCAUACUGACGUUGGUGGGAGGAUUCCUCAACAAACACCGGGUACUUAACGAGACCCAAGCGCAUUUUACAACAUACAAACCCGGGACACUGUUGGCUGAAAAUGGCCGUGGUUAAAUUCGUGUGCGCGAUUAUAACCAGGUCCUUAUUCAUUCUGGCCGCUCUCAUCGGAGUCUGGAGAGUGAACAUGGUAAAAAAUGACCGUUUGUACUGGUUACUAACUAUCCUUUUUCUUCCUCUGGUUGUGGAGAUGAUCAUUACUUUAAAACGAAGAAAAGGGCAAGAGUUCAAAUGGUUUUCUCUACCCAUCUUCUUCUUUCUCAUCAGUAUUAUACCCUCCAUCUGGAUUCUAGAGUUACAUCAUCAGUGGAACAAGAGUGGGGACCCACAGCAGUGCAAGAAAUUGGACUCUUGGGAUAACUUCAUGAACAUAGUAUCGGCCCCCAACAGCACUAUGAGUAAUGAAACUCUAAAGCAUCUGGAGCAUGUUCUCAGCAAAGUCUGUCCAAACGACUGGAUCCUUGGUCUUCAUCAAUUUGUACUCAUCCUUCUCAUCAUCGGAAAAUGGCUCCUCCCACUAGGGGGAGGAGUAACUCGUGACCAGCUGUCUCAAUUGUUGCUCAUUUUUGUUGGCACUGCGGGAGACAUUCUGGAGUUCACCAGUGAAACGCUUUCCGAUGUCAAGGAGAUAAACCAAGAGCUGGUGUAUAUAAUUUUGGCUGUUUGGACGUGGAGUAUGUUACAGUUUCCCUCCCAUUUGGCAGUUGUUACUUCACCACAGAACUCAGUAGAGAUGAACGAUGGAGACGGCUGUUGUAAUUUUCUAUUGUCAAGACACAGCAAUGAUAUUUGGAACAUCGUGGAGAGUUUGUUUAUCCAGGAUGGGCCCUUUCUUGUGGUGCGGUUUGUUGUGAUGAAACAAUAUUAUGUGUUCCACCAAAUGUUGCUCUUCUUCACUAUUAAGAACUUUCUAGUGGUCAUCCUGACUCUCUACAGACUCUUUGUUUUAUGUCAAGAUUUUAGACCAAAACCAUCAUCUUCCUCUCCCUCAACAAACAAUGGGUUAUAACCAACUACCCUAAUAGCAAGGGAUCUUGUUAAAUGUGGAAGAUGGAUUGCUUAAACAUAUUAGAAGCACAGUUACAAGAGCAGUUUUAUACCUUUAAUGGACUGUGUUUCUGUCAAAACAGGGCCAUAUAUUCUACUACAUGUGUAUUUAAAGGGUACCCGUUUUAAAUUUGUGAACUUGUUAUUAAGCGCUUUGUAUGUUGUUUAGUGUUUUACUAUUUUUAUAGGCUAUAUAUAUAUAUAUAU